GGACGACAGGCUAGUUCCGGGAUUCCGAUGUCGGCCUAGCGAGCGAGCUAAAGUGGUUUGCUAGCGGCUAACUCAAGGAGGACCGUAGCGACCAACACCCUACCGGCUAGACAGCUCGCAUGUUGCCUACUAGGGGCAUCCAAUAGCCGAGGGGACGAAGAGACAAAAAGCACAAAUGCAUCGGACUACAUAGCAUCACUGCUGCACAUGGCUUUGUUUAAGAGAUGCAAAAUGGCAAAGGAGGUCUAUCUGCAGAGAGUUUGGCGGUUGGAGAGGUCUCUACACCCAGACCCGGCCAACUGCGGUGACAGCUCGAUGACACGCAGGGGGGUUCUUUUUGGAUUGAGUUGAUUUUUAUCCCUAUAUUGAAGCAAAGACUGAAGCCAGAGGACCCAUCAGAACCUGGUGACUCGCCUGUUUUUGAGCUGAAGUCCUUGUAAAGGCGAAGGUUGGACAUCAUUUUGUAAACCGCUUUUUUUUUUCUUUUCUUGAACCUGCUACUAGUUUAAAAGUGAAUUUGUUUUUGCCCUGCAAACGUAGUUUGAAACGCUAGAACUGUCCCUUCUGCCGCCUUCCCCCGUUCCUGCGACCUACCCAGUGCCUAAAUAACAGUCACACAAGUCCUCAGCAGCUGCUGCGCUCAGUCCUCUGCCUGUUUUCCUCUAUGUGCUUCUGCUCUCGGCCUGCCGGCGAUCCACACUACCUCUUUACUUUUCUGGUCUUUUUGUUUUUAUAUACAUCUCUUCUGAUAGGCAUAUUCAGAACUAGAGCCCAACACAGUGGAGAGAAAGCCAGAUUCCUCCACUUUUAGUCGUGUGCGAGCAUCUGUGCUUUUGUGUUCAAGCAGACGGGCGUUGCACUGGUUUUAGAUUUAUUUAUAUUGUUGAACCAAAUACAGUUACAAUAAAGCCAUACAAAUAUAAUUACCGAUACACCUAUUUUUGUAUUGCCGCGCUCUGUUAAAGUCUUGCUUUUAUAAACCUCUAAGUGUAUGCACAGAACUUAAAUAACAUCACAACCAGUUGUACACAUGCAACAGUAAAGCUGCAUACGCCUAUAUACAACAACUCUGAUUUUAAGGGAUUCUACUGGUGCCAGGAGACAUUGAGUGUCUGGACACAGAGAAACCCUCAUGUUUCCAUACAGCUGCUGCUUUGCAUAGUAUUUUCUUUUUCUCAUCUGUUGUCAUGGCGCCUCCUCUCAAAGAAACCCCACAUUUGCUAUUUUGACCUGAGAGCGCCUGUUCACAGUAGGUAGCCCGUAGAUACCCGCGUCUCUUUCUUCCUCCCCUCUCCUCUCUUUCCGUCUCUAAUGCCGGGCUUCAGCAGUGGGGGGGUUGGCGGAGGAGUGGGUGUCCCUGCUUCUGCUCCUCCCCGUCCAUUCCGCCCCAGCCGAUAUGUCCCGGUGUCUGCGGCCACCACUUUUCUCGUCGGAUCCACCAGCCUCUUCUUCUGCUUCACGUGUCCAUGGUUGUCGGAGUAUUUCUCCUGUGUCAUUCCCAUCUACGUUGCGGUGAUCUUCCUCUUCACCCUCGCCAACUUCUCUAUGGCCACAUUCAUGGACCCCGGAGUCUUCCCCAGAGCGGAGGAGGAUGAAGACAAAGAAGACGAUUUCCGCGCUCCGCUCUACAAAACGGUGGAGAUCAAAGGGAUCCAAGUGCGCAUGAAGUGGUGCGCAACCUGCCGCUUCUACCGUCCUCCGCGCUGCUCGCACUGCUCGGUCUGUGACAACUGUGUGGAGGACUUUGACCACCACUGUCCUUGGGUGAACAACUGCAUUGGUCGGAGGAAUUAUCGCCAUUUCUUCCUCUUCUUGCUGUCGCUUACCACCCACAUCAUGAAUGUAUUUGGCUUUGGUUUGGUUUAUGUGCUGCACCACCGGCAGCAGCUGGACACGCCGCACGCUGUGGUUACUAUGGUAGUGAUGUGUGUCGCCGGCCUGUUUUUCUUCCCAGUGGCCGGUCUCACUGGGUUCCACAUGGUGUUGGUGGCGCGCGGUAGGACCACCAAUGAACAGGUGACAGGGAAGUUUCGGGGAGGUGUUAACCCUUUCACCAACGGCUGCACGAGGAAUAUUUCUCAUGUGCUAUGCAGCUCCCAGGCGCCCAGAUACGUCGGCCGGUCCCGGAGCCCGCAGGCCCUGGAUGUGCAGCCACCAUUUCUCAGACCGCCCCUGACUGAGGCGCAGCUAGAAGCCAAGGUCCUGGACAAUGGCAUUCAGAAUGACCGACACAGCACCAGGUCCAAGAGUAGUCUAGAUCCAACAGAGAGCCAGUCAGCGGAUGCAGAGCCUCCACCUCCUCCAAAGCCAGAGCUCCGGUACCCGGGCCUCCCCCGCGCAGACACGGAGGAGAGCAGCUUGUUGACCGAAGGUCCGACCACGCCGUCGAUGUACAAGUACCGACCAGCGUUCAGCAGCCCAGGAAGGAACCACACUGCCCUCACGCACCCCAGCAAGAUGAUCCGUGGGGACAGUCUGGACUCUCCAUCUCCCUCCAUCCUCCAGUCGAGCCGGCAGCCCAGCUACCGCUCGGAGCCCAGCAGCUUGGACGGGACCACGGUGGUGGGGGGAGGUGUAGGGGCGCGCAGAGGGGGAGGCGACAGAGGCGAGGGCCCCGGAGGCCCGGGCGGCGCUGCCGGGGUGAUACCCGGGGGCAUGUCCGGCUACUCCCUGGCUGGGCGCUCCCACACCUCCUACCCGUCGUCCCUGGUUCUGUCCACUGGCGGCUCUCACUCGUCCAGCCUGCGCUCGGCGCUGGCGGCCAACAACCCGCUGUCCACCCUCCAAUCCGAGGGGACCACGGACACCAGCUACAAGAGCCUGGCCAAUCAGACGCCUCGGAACGGCAGCCUGUCCUACGACAGCCUUCUCACGCCGUCCGAGAGCCCCGAGUUUGAGUCUGCUGCCCACGAGCUGUCGCCGCAGAAGCCCCGGGCUGUGUUCCCCUCGGCGGGUGCGGCGGGGCAGCGGGAGGGGGUGUCGCCCGGCAGCCCGCUGCAGGGCUACACGUCGCCCUUCCUCUCGGCUCAGAUCGCACAGCAGAGGGAGGGGCAGCUGCUCCAGGGCUCCGCCACUUUCUCCUCCCCCCACAGGGCCUACCUGCGUGCCGUCAGCCCGCCCCCUCCCUCCGCCUCUGGUGCCCCGGAGAUCCAGCACCUGCUGCAGGCUAACCACAACUCCUCCUCCCGAGGACCCCGUAACCUGUCCUCCUCCCCUGGGGGUCGCUCACUAGAGCCCCCUGUCUCCCCGCCGCCUCGCGGCCUCUCCCUCGGCAAGUCGCAGUAUCAUGUUGGGGAGGCGGGACCUCAGCACAGGCCCCCGAGGGCUUCAGGAGGAGGCCUUGUGGUGGGAGGGGGAGGAGCCGGAGGAGGGCAACAGGCUGCACACCCUCCUCUUCCUCCCUGAUCUGUGUGAGUUUUCCUUUUCCUUCUCCACGGUUUAGUCAGUUUUUGCCUGUUUAGCGUUCAUCAGUUGGAAGUGUGCACUGUGUGGAGAAGUGUGUGUUUUAGCUCUGUGAAAGCAUGCCUGACCACGGUGCUGUUUACUUCUGUCCUCUCGUCUGUUUUUUUCUUACUUGCAGUAUAGUUACCAAAAUGCCUUAAAGGUUUGAUGGUAGAGAAACAUUAGUGCUUUUUUGCUGUAAUUAUUUGACGUAAAACCACCCACCUUCACAUCAAUUUGUCCUCUGUCCUCACUCCUAAUCUGCCCCCCCUUCCCUUACCCCCUCCCUAAUAACUGUCCAAUCAGAUACCCCUCUCGUCCAGUCUUGGCCAAUCACACACCAACCAAAUCAGGGGGCGGAGUGAAGAAGGUGACCGGCGUUGGAGGGACCACUUACGAGAUAUCGGUUUGAGAGACGGACAAGCUUCACGUCCCUUCACAAAGUGGGGGCUGAAAGGCCCCGGGACUACUUUCUCUUACCGGAGUUGGACAUUAUUUACGACUUCAGGCUCCUAAAAGUGACUCUUUUCCAGGGCAAAGGACUAAAGGAGCCGGCCAGUCUGGUACUCACUUUGUUAUAUUUGUAACGCCACCGGCAGAUUUGAACAAAAGGGGACACUUUGUUUUUCUCCGGGUCAAGUCGUCCCCAUUUAGCCACUUUGUGAGCCGUAGACGGACGCGGCCGUAUUGUCACGGCUGGCUACAGAGAUGUCUGAAGAACACUCGGGGCGAUUCAAUGAUUUUGAUUUGGUACGUUAGCACACAGAGCAUCGCCCACCGUGGAGAGGAUGGCCUUCAUCCAUUAGAUGGAUUUAAGACUAUAGACCAAUAGAAACGUCUGCUCCGAUGUAUGAACGGAUCACGCAAUCGGUUCGGUGAGUCCAACCUAUAAACACAGUAUCCUUUUAGUUUUCUAAACCUUUUUUUUAAUUUUUUUUAUAUAAAUGUAGAUCAUCUUACAGAUCAUUAUUGGGUCAACUUGUCAGGUAUUGAAGAUGACUUUGGACGAGAGUGACGGUUUUUCUGUGCGUAAUUAUUCAUAAAAGCGAUCACUAAUCAGUGGCCUGUUCUUAUUUUAAUGGCUGCAUCAGCCGUUCACAAGCUCUUGCUGGAAUUUUCAUCGUCCAAAGAGAAAGCUGAUCGCUUGGUGCACAGCCGAGGUGGUAAAUAAUGGAGCUGGAUUAUAUGAAAGCCACAAAGAAAUUCUGAAUCACGUUUGCAGCACAAGUAUCUUUGUGGAAUGUACGCUUGUAAUCUUUUAUGCUAGAGACAUUAUGCAAAAUCUGUUUAGUAGCUUUAAGAUCAUUGUAUGUAUCUUGUGUUUUUUUAUUUUUCUUCUUUCUGUCAAUCAGGAUGCGAGUAGAAUCUGAAACCUUUUAACAGGUGACCAGCCAAAAAGGGGCAGUGAGGGAAGGGCUUAUUUAUUUUAAAAGACAACCUUGUAGUUUUGGGCACAAUUUCAAACCAGUCUACCAUGUUGUCCCUUUUUUGAGAAAAGAAAAGUAUGAAUAUUUUUUAUGACAAAGAAUUUAUAAAUGAAAUUGUAAAUGCUCUAUGCCACUAAAUAGAGUUUCGGGGAGGGACUGGUUUGCAUUUGGAGACUUUCAUUUUUUUGUUUUUAUCUGCCUUCGGACCCUUCAUAGUGAAGCAUGCACAUUUAUACCUUUUUUCCUAUUUGUUUUGUAUUUUUUACACUUGAGUGAAAAAAAUGUAAGGCAGAUUAGUUUUUUUUAUUGGCUUUUAAAACUUCCGUAAACAGCCACGUAAAGAGCGGAAGAAUUGGAAGUCAGGUGUGUUUGGGAGCUUCAGGAUCAGGCAUAACAGUUAAGGUUUAUUUAUUUUCUUCUUAAGGCCUCCAGCGGUGUUUAGCAGUAGAAUGUCAGCGCUGUGCGUCCUUCUGGGGGGGGAAAUCACUCGCUUGAAGCACAGAAGUACCAUCGUUCAACCCAAAGAAAGGACGUGCUACUAGUCUGCAACCCUCCCAGCUACGUCUUUGGUGUGCAUGUGGUUUUUGUUUGUCGUGCUGAAUGCUUCACUGGUGUGCAAACAUAUUGUCAAAAUCCCACCUGGGUGACGUGUGUGUGGUUAAAAGAAGCAUUAAUGGAACAGGGGUACAAACUUGCGAUACCUUUUUUUUCCUGCCCUUGAUGGUGACCACUGAACAAUUUGAAACUGAGUAUACUUGAGUAUAUGUGAGAUACAAAAUAUUGCUAUUGUGGGCUGUGAUGAAUGGAACGAGUGUCACAAAUAUCUGUAUUGAGUACAUUAAAGACAUUUCCCCAAAUGGCCUU